AUGGCAGCUAGUUAUUUUACAAUUUUCUUAUAUUUUACAUUUAUUUUAACUACCUUUGCUGCUUCAUUACAAGCACCAUUUAAACAAUGUUCACCACCCAGUUCUGGUGAUGUUAUUAAAGUUUCUGUAAAUGCUCCUUGCACAGAAGAAUAUUGUACGUUUUAUAAGGAUACUGAUGCUCGGCUAGAAUUUACAUUUAAUUUAAAGAAAAAAGCACAUAAAGUACGAGCUAAAGUAGUAGCAACAAUUGGUACGAUCGAUCAUGAUUUUGCUUUACCUAAUUCGGAUGUUUGUGAACAACUCGGCUGUCCAAUUAAAAAUGGUGUUCAAUACACAUACUAUAAUAGUAUGUUUGUUAGUCCAACUUAUCCAUCAGUAAAAGUCAAUCAAAUGCGUUACUAUUUAAUCGAUGAUUCAGCAACCGAAUAUCGCGAACGUUUUAUGUCACCACGUCGAGAAGAUUAUAACCCUAAUGUAUUUUUACCAAAAAUUGAUUCUAUACGAUCAUCAUUAACUCGUUCGUGUCUCUCUUUGAACACUGAACCGGAUACAACAUUGUCUUCAUCUGAAUAUCGUCUUUGCUUUGCAAAUCAUCAUCCAAAACGGCCAUAUGUCUUUCAUGCACAACCAAGUCAUGUUUUUGAUUAUGUUCCAAUGCCAAUUAAUAAUAGAUCUACAUCACGUUUAUCAGCAAAUCAUUCUGUUUUAAAAGAUACUGAAUAUCAAGAACGAUAUGCAAAUUAUCCUUCAUUUAUUCCAGUACAUGCACUUAUGCCACCACAUCUUCCCAGUAAACCUAAUACACUAUCGGAUACACAACAAAAACGAGAACGUAUGGCACGUAGUCAAUAUUUUCAUCAACUUGUUGUAGAUAGUGAUAAAUUAAAUGGUGGACAACGAUCAUUUGGUACAAGUGAACAACGUAAUGCAUUUCAAUGGCCUCGUCGUUUCUCUCAGAGUCAACAAAAAAAAAUUCAACAACAAGUAUCAACACCGGCCUAUCCACCGUAUUAUACACCCAGAGAUAUUUAUGAACCUCUACCAACAAUACAACGAACAAUAAUCAAUGGUUUCAAUUAA